GUCGCACACAAACAUCCAUCGGAGUAACCAGCAAAAGCCAUUUCAUUCGUUUCAUUUCGAAUGGAAUUUCAGAAAAACCAUUUACUUUUUUGAGCUUUGUCAAAUUGAUUUUCCGAUGUGAAAGUAGUAUCCGUAAUUUUGUGUUGAACUAAUUAAAAACAAAAACGCCCGCCGAAACGAAUUUCGUUAAAAUGGUGCAAGUUUCACCGAUAUUUUUCCAUUUAUUUUUCAUUGCAAAUUUUUUGUGCUCAGUCAAUUGUCUUCCCGACAUCAUUCGCAUUGGUGGUAUAUUCCAUAAUGGUGACAUUGAUCAAGAGCUUGCUUUUCGAUAUGCCGUCGAGAAAAUUAAUUUAGACAAAACCGUAUUGCCACGCUCCAAGCUAUCCGCACAAAUUGAGCGCGUUUCGUCGGAAGACAGUUUUCAUGCAUCGAAACGAGUUUGUCACUUGUUGCGAAUGGGCGUUAGCUCGAUUUUUGGCCCACAAUCCAAUCCCAUUUCGAACCAUGUCCAGAGCAUUUGUGAUACCAUGGAAAUUCCACAUUUGGAAAUGCGUUGGGACUAUUCGCAUCGACGUGAAAAUUGUCUUGUCAAUCUCUAUCCACAUCCGAGUGUUUUAUCACGGGCCUAUGUAGAUAUUGUUGAUGCUUGGGGAUGGAAACACUAUACAAUAAUUUAUGAGACAAAUGAUGGCCUCUUACGAUUGCAAGAGCUUCUAAAAGCCCACCGGCGUAGCGACCAUCCAACAACCGUUCGACAGCUUCCCGAUACGAAUGAUUAUAGGCCAAUGCUGAAGCAAAUCAAAAAUUCCGGCGUUGCGCACAUCGUUCUCGACUGUAGCACCGAGAAGGUUUAUGAUGUUCUCAAGCAAUCGCAACAAAUUGGCAUGAUGAGCGACUAUCAUUCUUAUUUAAUAACAUCACUGGACCUGCAAACGAUUGAUUUAGAUGAGUUCAAAUAUAGCGGCACUAAUAUCACUGCAUUCCGCCUGGUCGAUCCCGACAAUCCAACCGUGCGUAAAACUGUAGCAGAAUGGUCGCAAUCGGAAUUGAGGUCAGACAAAAAGCCGAAUGAACGUGCUUUCCAACGAAAUGACACUGUAAUAAAAGCGGAGACAGCAUUGAUUUAUGAUGCGGUGCAUCUUUUUUCGAAAGCACUGCAUGAUCUAGACACGAGCCAACAAAUUGAUAUCCAACCACUUUCAUGCGAUGGGCAAGAUACAUGGCCACAUGGAUACAGUUUAAUCAACUACAUGAAAAUCGUGGAAAUGAAAGGCCUAACGAAUGUAAUUAAGUUCGAUAAUCAAGGAUUUCGAACCGAUUUCGUUUUGGAUAUCAUCGAAUUGAGCCCGAGUGGAAUACGGAAAAUUGGUGACUGGAAUUCAACUCAAGGGGUUAACUUCACUAGAUCGUUCAAGGAACAAGUACAAGAUAUGGUGGAAAACUUGAAGAAUAAAACACUGGUUGUUACGGCACUUUUGAGCGACCCCUAUGUGAUGAGGAAGGAUUCUGCGGCUAAGCUGACUGGCAAUAAUCAAUUUGAAGGCUAUGCCAUUGAUUUGAUACGUGAGAUAUCGAUGAUACUCGGUUUCAAUUUCACAUUUCGCUUGGUACCAGAUGGACGAUACGGUAGUUUGAAUAAGCUAACCGGUGAAUGGGAUGGAAUGGUUCGAGAGUUACUGGAACAGCGAGCAGAUUUGGCUAUUGGAGAUUUGACCAUUACAUACGAACGAGAACACGUUGUUGACUUUACAAUGCCGUUUAUGAACUUGGGCAUUUCCGUACUUUACCGAAAACCAGUUAAACAACCACCGAAUUUGUUUUCAUUUUUGUCACCACUUUCUUUGGAUGUUUGGAUUUACAUGGCAACAGCUUAUUUGGGUGUUUCCGUGUUGCUGUUCAUUCUAGCUCGAUUUACGCCUUACGAAUGGUCUAACACUCAACAUCCAGACAAGGGCGAGACUCAAUUCACAUUGAUGAAUUGUAUGUGGUUUGCCAUCGGCUCACUUAUGCAGCAAGGAUGCGACUUUUUACCAAAAGCGGUUUCAACACGAAUGGUGGCUGGAAUGUGGUGGUUCUUCACAUUGAUUAUGAUAUCCUCGUACACGGCCAAUUUGGCUGCCUUUCUCACGGUCGAACGAAUGGAUUCGCCAAUUGAAAGUGCCGAAGAUUUGGCAAAACAGACCAAGAUUAAAUACGGUGUUCUCAAUGGCGGUUCAACUGCAUCAUUCUUCCGGAAUUCAAACUUUUCGACAUAUCAACGCAUGUGGUCGUUUAUGGAAUCAUGCAAGCCAAGUGUUUUUGCAGCAAGCAAUACUGAAGGUGUUGAACGUGUUACGAAAGGAAAAGGCUCCUACGCCUUUCUGAUGGAAUCAACCUCGAUUGAGUAUGUCAUCGAGCGCAAUUGUGAAUUGACUCAAAUUGGCGGUAUGCUCGAUUCAAAGGGAUAUGGCAUUGCGAUGAGACAAAACUCACCAUAUCGAACGAUGAUCAAUGGAGCCGUUCUCAAGCUACAAGAGAUGGGAAAAUUGCACAUUCUUAAGACUCGUUGGUGGAAAGAGAAACGCGGGGGCGGUUCUUGUCGCGACGACACAUCAAAAUCGAGUUCAACUGCAAACGAAUUGGGUCUGGCAAAUGUUGGUGGUGUGUUUGUAGUAUUGAUGGGUGGCAUGGGGGUAGCUUGCGUCAUUGCUGUGUGUGAAUUUGUUUGGAAAUCACGAAAGGUGGCCACGGAAGAGCGAGUCAUCCAAAUGCAAUGUUACUAA